AUGCUCGUGGAGUCUGCCAAAAAAUGGGGAACACCCUACGGCUGGUCCUUGAAAUGUAAGUGUUUUCUGCACCAGGCUACUUUAGAGCUGAAAACAUAUUUACAGGGUAAAGCACUGAUUCUCUUCUGGUUGAAGAGUCCAUCAACUGGUUUGAAACAUUUGAACAGGAUCCAUGCACAAAUCCUCACCAAUGGAUUGCACCAGGACAAUUUCCUAGUGGCCAUGCUGGUGACCAAACUCAUAGCAGUCUACAAAGAGGACUACGCUCGAUUGGUUUUCAUCCAGGUAGACCACCCUAAUGAAUUUCUAUGGACUUCCAUGAUCCGAGGAUAUUCAAGCAAAGGCCCUUUCAGAGAAGCAACUUUGCUUUAUAAACAAAUGCUCCACAAGUGCGUCUCACCCAAUAAUUUCACCUUCCCUUUUAUUAUCAAAUCUUGUGCCACUCUGCAUUCUUUAGCAGAAGGGGAACAGGCCCAUUGCCACAUUGUAAAGCUUGGAUUUGAAUCCAACAUUUUUGUACAAACAUCACUCCUCAAUAUGUAUUCGAAGUGCCAGAGGGUUGGGAUUGCACAGCAAUUGUUCGAUUUGAUGACUGAAAAGAAUGUGGUUUCGUGGACCACCAUGAUUGCAGCUUACAGUAAGCAAGGUCAGGUGCUGUUGGCAUGGAAACUCUUCAGUGAGAUGCCUGAGAGAAAUGUUGCUUCAUGGAAUGCAAUGAUUGAUGGGUUUAUUCGAUCUGGAGAUGUGGGCCAUGCCAGACAACUCUUUGACAGGAUGCCCCUAAAAAACUCGAUCUCUUGGACCACUAUGAUUAACGGUUACUCAAAGGCCAGAGACUUGAUUAGUGCGAGGGCUCUCUUUGAUCAAAUGGGUGAGAAAGAAGUGAUUGCAUGGACCACUAUGAUUUCUGGUUAUGCUCAAAAUGGUGAACCGGGUGAAGCAAUCAAGCUUUUCAAGAUGAUGCAGGCUUCAGGUGUGAAGCCCGACGAGGUCACAAUGUUGAAUGUCCUUUCUGCUUGUGCUCAAUCAGGGCGUAUUGAGCUAAGCGAAUGGAUAUACAAUUGUGCCAAAAGGUAUGGAUUUGGGUCCAGUGUUCAGGUACUCAACUGUGUUAUAAUCAUGUUCUCUGAAUGUGGAGCCAUUGAAAUUGCCUACAGAAUGUUUCGGUCCAUGCCCCAUAGAGACGUUGUGUCCUACAACUCCAUGAUCAUGGGGUUUGCAUCACAUGGCCAUGCCAAAUUUACAUUUGCAUUGUUAUCCAUGAUGGUGGUUUAUGGGGUGGCACCAAAUAGCAUAACCCUUACUGGUUUGCUAACUGCUUGUGCUCGUACACAGCUGGUGAAUGAGGGUUUAUGGUUUUUCAAGUUGAUGCUCCUCAACAAGAUGGGUGAUGAUGUCAAUUCUAUGGCCGAGCACUAUGCAUGCAUGGUUGAUCUCUUGGGCCGUGCAGGCCACUUGGAUGAAGCCCAUGAGCUCAUUGAGCAUAUGGGCAUUGAGCAUAAGAAGGCUAGCGCAUGGGGUGCUCUUUUAGGGGCGUGUAAGCUACAGGGAAACGUUGGUUUGGCUGAGGUUGUGGCCAAGCAAUUAUUUGACUUGGAGCCUGAGAAUCCAGGAAAUUAUGCGCUCCUUGCGAAUAUAUAUGCGGAGGCGAGCAUGUGGGAUGAGGCGACUACGGUGCGAGAGAUGAUGAAACAAAGGCAAGUGACCAAACCAGUAGGAAGUAGCCGAGUUGAAAUGGGCUUCACUGGUGAUCUUUGA